CGACUCUCGAAAAGUGGCGCAACGGGUGAGUUGCAGAAGGAGGCGAGAGGUACUCCUUACGCAGAUACGGUGAAAAUGACCAUAUUACAACCGGUUCGUUUUCCCUCUAAUCUUAGGCUGAUCCCUUCAUGCAACAACGUAACUCCAUGAGUCACUUUCUGUAUGAAGGACAUCUGGGGAACUGCGUGUGCGGACCCUCAACCUUAACCUGAACUGCGUUACAUUAUCACUUUCUUGCUGCUCAGCUUUUAACAAGUUGUAGAAACAAGGUUGUUGUCGCACACCAUUCAACGGAACAAGUAGUAGUUUCUUUCCGCUGCUGAAUUCAGCAACUACUACUUCUGCAACUACUGCUUAAUAUCAAGUUCCAACUUCCUCACACAGCCAUCAACAAGUCAUUAUCGGCGCUUGGCGAUGUGAUUGCGGCAAGAGCACUGCGGCAGGCUCAUGUCCCCUACAGGAAUUCCACGCUGACGUAUCUCUUACAAAGCAGCUUAUCGGGAGAUGCAAAAAGUUUGAUGUUAUGGAAGGAAGUGUUGAAUAGAUACUUAUUCAUUCGAACAAGGCAUUUGAACUGUUCAGUAUCACCAUGACCGAUCUAACCAUAGUAUUAGGAUCCAAACUCUAUCCCAAGACCCUAAAUCUUAGUAUCACCAUCUUCAACACUUCGUGUCUAAUGAAAUCAGACUGAAACCUCACACAGCCAAAAUACUCUCGAAUAUACUUGUUACAUGCAAACCUGAUUGAAAUUAUCUUAGAACCUGAUCUAGGAAGGGACGAUGAACGAACGCGCCUCACUCUACUUCAAAAUCACAGCAGUAGAGGCACAACGUACUUCAAAAUCAUAACAGUAAAAAGGCAAACACAUUCCCCAGUAGAGGAAAAUACAUUCCCCAGUAGAGGCAAACACAUGCGCAUGGCCCAAACGCAUGCACUCUCGUCUAAUGUUCCUGUUACAAGUGAGUCCAGCAGAUGUCGGCGAGACUGCGUGCUCCUUAAAAUUCGGCGCUCGUGUGAAUGCCAUCGAGAACGGAAAGGGGCGGCUCUCAGCGACCACUAGUAUCUAGCCAUGAUAUCGGGAUCUUUCUGUAAGUGUUUUACCCUUUGCUUGCCCGCACGCUCGACGGAGGAGUUGUAACACGAGGAAAACUAGAUGAAAAAAUAGUACAAAUGAACUUUACCAGUUGUAGUAGUACCCGUUUAGAAUCAGAAACAUAGAGGACACCCCCACGAGCACUUGGAUGC